UCAAAAUUUCAAAUCAAGUAACCAGGAAGGGGGGCUUUUCCAUGCCGUGUAUGCUUCAUACAAUAUUGUUUACAUCUGAAGAUAUUUGAGUUCACAAGCACGUCGACUACAAAAAUAAGUUUUCUUUUUGGAUCUUGUUAUACGGAGUCAGCAAAGUUUCUGUUGGAUAUAAUGGAGGGGGCAGAAGUCGAACAAAAGUUGUCUGGACCAGAGUUGCGCAAGCAAAAACUAAUGGAAUACCUGGCGUCUAAAGGCAGGCUGAAACCUCCCAAUCCAAAGCCUUAUCUUCGUCAUGACUUGGAUCCGAAGAAAGGAGGAACUGUCAAAACAACGAAUAAUAAGGAGAACCAAGUGACACACAAACAUACAGGGCCAGAAGCAACCACCCACACUCAAAAAGCCAGAUGUGCCAUGAAAGCCAAGCUGCCAGACACGGCUCCUGGCAAACGAGCUCCAUUAGCAGCUGCUAACAACAACAGCAAUGCAUCCGUGCGCAAUCAGUUUAUGGUUAAAGGCCCUGAUGCAGUCACAGCGGCAUAUGUUGGGGGCAAGGCUCAAUCAGGCCCUGUCAGACGCCAGCCGUCAAAGUCACUGCAGCCUGCACUGUCCGAGCGUGGUAAAGCGCUUCCCGGCAAAGCCCAGCCUGGCCAAAACAAGCAGGGCACCGCGGCAGCUGCAUUGCCGUCUCAAGGCAGAUGUAGCUCAUCUCUAAGUAGCAGAGCGUCCUCCUGCGCCUCCACCAAACCACCCGCUUUCUCCACACUCCGAAGCCUGGCCGCAUCGCAACCCUUGCAGAGUAGGCCGCAGGCACAGAAGAAACCGCAGCAAGUGCUCAAGUUCACCUUGCAGAGAGACGACAGUGCUGGAACGAGCAGCCGAGUGACUGUGCCAAAGAGCAGUAUCAUUAAUUCCAGGCAGCCUCAGACAAGAUCCAACAGCAGAUCCAGAUCCUCCGAAGUCACAUGCAACCAGUCCAAAACAGCAGGUCAGCAGACACGGAAGUCCACCAGCUCUGCUAACUGCAGUGUUAAAUGUGUAAAGCCUGCGGAGAAAAUGCAGAGAAGGACAAUAAGCAGCAUCUCAACCACUUCCACCACCACCACCUCGGUGUCACAUGGUAGCAGUAAAGCAGGCGGCCUGGCUACGUCAAAGUCAAAGCUGUCUGCUCAGAAUAACACCCAGGCCAAGAAUCCACCAUGGGGGGCGAGGCUGCAGUCAGGCAGGCUGAAUGACCACCAAAGAGUCACACUACCGUGCAGAAGGCCACCGAGUUCCCAGGCCACCACAUCCAGGGCCGGCACUACAGCUAGCCAAGCUAGCGCAGCCCAGGCCAAGACAGCCAGGGCAGUGGUGCCCUCAGCAGGAACACAGCGGGAGGUUACAGCUUCCAAAACGGCCUCCUUCAGUCUGCCUCCAUCGAAGUCGGCACUGAGACGCAGGCCUACCACGGCGCCUGUGAUGGACCCCGAGAUGGCUCCUCUGUUCGGGAAGAGCAUCGCGGGCCCUUCGCUGGUCACCGAGGGCCUCAAGACGCCUGUGGCACGAAGCAGGCCUCAGGCAGCCAUACCCGCCACCGAGCCCAUGACCGGAGGAGCUAAGAAGCCCACCGCAGCCCAGGCCGAGCGGCUACGUAAGCUGCAGGAGUGGCGCGAGGCCAAGGGCAUCACGUACAAGAGGCCCCCCAUGACCAUCAAGAAGUCGGCAAGGAAGUCCAUCGUGGUGCCGGAGCACUACUGGGCGUCCAUGGAAGAGGAGGACGAGAACCAGAGGCUGGCGUACGCUGUGGACCGUGCCCUCAACGACUGCCUGGACCUGCUGCACAUGGGCUGCUCCACAGAGCAGGUGCUGGGGGUGCUCUCUCGUAUCCCCAUGGCCCACAAGUUCUGCAAGUACUGGAUGUGCCGCGCACGGCUGAUGGAGAGGGAGGGCAACCUGGAGGUCUUGCCCAUGUUCGAAGAGGCAGUACGGGUGGUACGAGAGCCAAUAAAUGAUCUGCGGGCCGUAAUAUUUGAGAUUCUGAAGAAAAAGGAUGCUCAGACAAAUUCGGCAAACGAUGAGGAGGUGGCAGUGGAGGAGGCUGCGGGGGACAACACAGAAGUCACUGAGGAAGAGGGGACAGGGGACGCACCACCAGCCACUCCCAAGAAUGUCAACGUCCUGAUCCGCGCGGCAAAAGGAGGCUCGUCCGUCGUCAAAUACAAAAUCACCGCCACUCCAAAUGGGCGUGGCAGCCAACACAGGGAGCCGCUGCGCUACAACGGUCAGGAGCUUCGCUUCUUCACACCAGUGCGCCGCUCAGUGCGCAUCGAGAACUCGGCGCCACGAUACCCCUCGGCACUGCGGGAGCGCGACCCCUGCGUAGCCUCCGCCCAUGAGCUGCCCCCCGCACACGCAGACACUGGCUCCUCCCCCAUAUAUGUCUAUAUGGAGAAUGAGGCCCUCAAGGACCAGGUGCAGGUGCAACUCUUUCAGGAGGAGGAGGAGGAGGAGAAGAAGGAGACAGGAGGCCUUGAGGAGAAGGAGACCCUCAAAGACCAGGAGGAGGAAGAGGGGACUGGAGGCCUUGAGGAGAAGGAGGCCCUCAAAGACCAGGAGGAGGAAGAGGAGGAGGAGAUGCAUGAGACAGGAGGCCUGGAGGAGAAGGAGACCUUCAAAGACCUGGUUCAGGUGCGGCUCUUCCAGGAGGACGACGAGGAGACUCGGGAGGGAUAGAGGAGGCCCAGGAGACUGCAGAGACGGAGAAGACACAGGCUGAAUCUCAAAUGGUGCACUCGUGCACUUCAGUGUUCAUGUUUCAGUGCGUAUGGCGUAUUAGUUACGCACUGAAAGAUAGUGCCCGAAGUGCACACCAUUGAGCUUCGCUGACGCCCUACCCCCUUGGAGGAAACCAUAAACAUUCCCUGCUGUCUACCUAGCCAGAGUGAUUUUUCCCCAUUCAACAUCCCGAUUGCAAAUGAAUUGUGCUUUUGGAAGAUAAAACUUCUAUCGUUGAUGAUGUACUGCAUCGCAUCAUAAGGCCAAGGAAAAGGAAAGGAUGUGAGGCAAUAGAUGGAGUUGGACACGUAGUAAGGGGCAGUGCAGUAGUGACUCCACUGCCUGAAUUUGCUCCGAACCUGUAUAGAUCCCAAGUCAUGUAUCUCUAUGGUACCCAAAAUCGAAAAAUAAACCAAUGGGAGCCAAGGGAGACAGAGGGGUACAGCUAGUCUUAAGUACUCCUGCCAGUGCCACUGAAAAUAAGGGCAAUGUUGUGUGAAUAUUGUAACCUGAAAUAUGUUUGAUGAAAUGGCCUGUUGUGAAGUAAUUCAGUAAUUCUUUCUAUAUCGUCUGUGUGUUUAAAUGUCUUUUUCACAAGUAUUUUUUUCGUUUUGUUGUAAAAUAAAUUAUUAUUUUUUUCUCAAAAUUGGACUAAAUUCCUUUCAAACAUUUCAAAGCAUUGCACUGGCUUUUACAGUGGCUUCGGUCCUCUGUGGAAUAUAGUAUGACUCAGAGUGGUGUACUUGCUGUUCUGCACAGGCAUGUCUCUACCGUGAGAACUUCUAGUGAAAAACAAAAUGGGAUGAAUAAUGUCUGGAAUUCUGAAAAGCAGAAGUACAUUCUGAUGCAAUUGACCCAUAUACAAAGAAAUUCCCUACUCCACUCACAAAGAAAUGCACCACUCCACUCCUCCUCCU